UUAAGCACAAUGACUCCUCCAGCCUUUCCUUUGUAUUUAGUUUCUCUACUUGUUGUGAUAUCGGCUCAUAAACCAGCUUCCACACAUUUGUCAUUACUUAUGGAAUCAGCUGAAGUUGGAGGCAGUGCAACUUUGCAGUGCCUCUGUUGGGAUGAUGCAGCUCUGAUGUUUUACUGGUACAAACAAACUCAGGGGAAGGAACCAAGGCUCAUCUGCAAUUUCUACAAGUAUAGCAAUAAAAGCCGUUUUGAAGAUGAAUUUGACACCUCUCGCUUCUCUUUAGAUAGUGAAAACCACCGGAACAUUUUGCUGAACAUAUCCGAUUUGAGGAUGUCAGACUCAGCGACUUAUUACUGUAUAAAGAGCAACAUGGCUGACUUCAAGUUUUGUGAGGGGACUACACUCAUUGUGAAAGGUUCUGGACUAAACCUCCCAACAUCACUGCAACAGUCUGAGACGGAGCCCAUCCGAUCACUGAACUGCUCAGUUCAAACUGGGAGCUGUGGUGCAGAGCACAGUUUUUACUGGUUUAGGAACUCUGGAGAAUUUCAGCCUGGGUUGAUUUACAGCCAGGCGGGCGAUAAGAAUCAGUGUGAGAGGAAACGCAAGACAUCAACAAACAGCUGUACUUUCAACUUGCCAAUGGAGAACCUGAAUAAGUCACAAAAUGGAGCUGAUUUCUGUGCUGUUGCUUCAUGUGGACACAUACUGUUUGGAGACGAGACCAUCGUUCACUCUGAAGGUGACUCUGCCUCCAUUGUCUUGGUUUAUCUCCUGAGUGGAGCUUUGUCAUUCACCACCCUGCUAGCAGCUACGCUGGCCUUCUCAGUGUUAAGACUGAGCAAAAGACACAGUCAGCAAACAGAUGACAGUGACACAUUUUAUACAAGAAACACUCUAACUGCUCAGGUAAGAAUCAUCCUCUCAAGAGUUAUAGUCUACUUCUGUUUCAGUGCUGUAUUUUCUCUGCUUUAUAUUUUGUCUGCAGCAGCUCCAGGGUGGAGAAAACCCCCAAUAUGCUGCUGUGAACGCUAUGAAACAAAACAUGUCAGAAGGAGCAAAGGAGACCUUCAGUGAAUGUGUGUAUUCUGCUGUGAGGCAUUAGAGUUCUGUAGGUGGUGCUGAUGUUGAUGAUUGUGAAAAACAUGUUUGUCUUUAUCUGACUUUAUCACAGGGUCUAAAGGUGAUAUGUAAACUUGUAAUAAAGUUUUGUACAAAGCUAA